UAGUAAACAGUGAAGUGGCAACUGGUGCAGCGCUGGACCCCGCCAUCCAUUUGAGACCCUUUUUAAUCCAAAGUGUGGCAGUUGAAAAAGAGCGUCAGUCAUGGAAACGAGACAGCAAGAGUUGUACUCUAGUGUUUUGAGUGAUGCCGUGGUGGACUGGGGCAGCGAGAGCCCUGGAGAAGAAUGGGUUAACACAAACAGGGAAGGGGCAGAGCAUGGUCUUCUAGACUCUGAGCCGUUGCGAGAGGCAGAUGAGGAUCUGGCCUCCGAGGGUAACUACCCCAUCUUGACAGAGGAAGAGAGGGAAGAGAUUCACCAAGAACUGGACAAGCUGGAAGAGGAGAUCAGCACUCUGAGGCAAGUGCUGACAUCUAAAGAGAAGCAACAAGCCGACCUCAGACAGAAACUGGGCAUCAGCCCGCUCAGCGAUUUCAAAAACAACGUCUCCAAGGGCUGGCAUGACAUGCAGACCUCUGUUGCCUAUAAGAAGACGACGGAGACGUUUUCCACAGCAGGCCAGAAGACCUCUGCAGCCUUUAGCACCCUGGGCACCGCCAUCACCAGGAAGCUAGGAGACAUGAGCAUGUUUGGUUUAGAGAUAUUGUAUCCACGGAGAUCCAACUCCAUAGGCUACUCAAUCCGACACUCCAUGAGCAUGCCCACCAUGAGAAACUCACCCAGCUUCAAGUCUUUUGAGGAAAAAGUUGAAAGUACAGUGACAACCAUUAAGACCAAGGUGGGGGGGCCCGAGCCCGGGGGGAGCUUCGAGGAGGUACUCUCCUCCGCAGCGCAGGCCAGCUCACAGGAGCGGCCCAGCCCCCCCCUGACAGACACCUCGGAGAGGCCCUGUUAGGGCCGCGUCCAACGCAGAAGGAGGGACCCAACCAGAGAGAUUGACUUAAAUGAUCUCCAUACUUUACACUUUGGCUGCAGUCAGCACCUGGUUCCAGGUACAAAAAAACGACAUUGACGUGAAUACAUUACUGCAUUGUGAUGCCCCACUAAAUCAUAUCCUAGACGAGAUAGUUACCGCCUCAAGCACAUCCCGAAGAUUAGUUUCCUACUCUCCUUAAUCCUUGCUAAUGGGAAGAGCUAAGCAAACGCACUCUACACUCUAUUGUCUAUCAUUGACAUGUUGUCACAUAGAUUUGACCGCACAUACAGUACAGUACAUGAAGUGCAGGAUGAAAUCUUAAUGCAUAUCGAUGCACACUCUAGAAUUAAUUUGACACCAAAACCAGGUGGAGGGGGUGUGCAUUAUAUAAUUUGUUUAAUGAUUUUCAAGUGACCAAUGUUUGGAUUUUAUGGAAAAGAGGAGAGAAUGUUUCUGCGUUGUUGUUGACUUGUCAUUACUUGAAUGCUGGAUAUUAUUGCACUGAUACAUGUUUUCAUCCAGGUCUACUAAUUUAAUUCAUAUAUUAUUGAAAAUGUCAAAUAUAUUACUACUAGAUUAGAUAGAACUAACACUUCAAAUCAGAUAUGGGUGACUCAAACUCAACCGAAUACUCGGAAAACUGUUCAUUCCAACUUUAAUUGUGAUUGCCCUGGUCUCUCUCACAUACAGAGACACAAAUCUACCCAGCUACUGAACCCUGAUUAGUUAUGCUCCUUUCAAUAGUUCUGGUUGUUUCCUUAACCAGUGACAAUCCCUUAAACACAACCCUUUAGAGUCCAUCUUGAGAAGACAAUGCAACUUAAUGUGAAAAAAAGUGGUCAUUGUUGUCUACACAAGUUUCUGAAGAACCUAAACAUGAACUACAUUUAGUUAUAUAAUUAUUGACCUCUUUGGUUUUUUCCAUUUUUUCUUAUCACUUUAAUUUGUGUUCAAUUUCACCAAUGACCAUCAUUUGUGUUGAGUGAAUGAUAAACAUUUAAAAAAGUUUGCCAUGUUGGAAAUGAUGGCAUGAAAGAGGCUUUUGUGAACGUCAUGAUUGCAUUAUCUUAUGUUGAGUGAGCCUUGAAAAAAAAAAAAAAAGCGUUUAACUUUUACCAAAGCUUUUUACUAAAACCUUGCAAUGUUGGCAUAUCCAAAUACAUGGCAUUGAAACGAAAUGUUACUGUUUCCGGUUUUUAUUGUUACUCUAUUAUUUCAACUAUACUAUAUUUUAAAUAAACUGCAUUUAUGAGUAAACCAUAAUGUUUCAGUUUUAUUU